AUGGCCGACGUCGAGAUGACAGAUGCCCCGACUAAGACCAAGACCUCCAAGGUUGAUACCGCCGCCGACUCUGGAAAGAAGCGUUUUGAAGUCAAGAAGUGGAACGCCGUCGCUCUUUGGGCCUGGGACAUCGUCGUCGACAACUGCGCUAUUUGCCGCAACCACAUCAUGGACCUGUGCAUCGACUGCCAGGCCAACCAAGCCUCCGCCACCAGCGAGGAAUGCACCGUAGCAUGGGGUAUUUGUAACCACGCUUUCCACUUCCACUGCAUCUCGCGUUGGUUGAAGACGCGUCAAGUCUGCCCUCUUGACAACAGAGACUGGGAGUUCCAAAAGUACGGUCGAUAA